CCCACCUUCCUCCCCUUCCUGCUCACCUGAGCUCCCCAUCGCUCCUUGCCAUCAUCUCGGCUGUCCAUCAUGGACACCGACAUCUAUCAACUACAGCCACUCUUGUAUCCUGCACUUCCUCACAAUCAGCGUUUGAAUCCAAAGUCUCCAGCAGCCAUCAGUCUGGCCGUGCGAUGCGCCGAAUCAAACGGCAGGAAUCUUUAUGUCGGCUCGUCUGAUGGCAUAGUCCAUCACUACGUCCUCAGAGAUGAGGGUUCUUCGCAGAACCCCAAUCAAUUUGAUCUGGUCUCAAGCAAGGUCGUCUCCCCAUCCGGCAAGCCAGUCGAACGCCUCCUUAUCCUUCAUCGCAUUGGCGUCGCGGCAGUCUUGGCAGAGUCAGUCCUGACAUUCCUCCAUUUGCCCAACCUCGACCCCCUGCCGCCCAAUACACUCCCGGUGGUGAAAGGCGUGUCCACAGUGGUAUUGGAUGAUGCCGAAGUGGAAAAGGAUGGGACCGAUGGCCAAGGCUACGUCAGCCUAUGCGUGGUCAAGCGGCGGCAGGUGGUACUAGCCAAGAUCGGAAUGGGAAGAUGGCUGACAGUCAAAGACUUACCCAUCCCUUCUGGCAUUAUGCUGGUGAGGCGCUAUGGGGACACUCUAUGUGCUGCUAGCACAACCGAGUACAGCCUGAUCAACUUGACGACCUCUGUGGUCACUCCGCUGGGCCUUCCCAUCAGUCACUCUCAAGAAUCGCCUUCAGCCUCGACCCGUCCAUCGAUUGUGACCUUACCUGCAACCUCUGGCAAUACUGCCACAGGAGAAUUCCUUAUCACUAGUCAUUCAGACGAACAGACGCUGGGCGUAUUCAUGACGCCUAGUGGUGAGCCCGCCGCUAAGCUCAUCGAGUUCUCCAGUCACCCUCGAGCUUUAUGCGUUGAGUGGCCGAACCUGGUGGCUUUGCUUCGAGACGAUACAAUUGCCGUCUACAGCUUGGAGUCGAUGCAAAGAAUACAGAAAAUCCAGCUGCCCGAUCUAAUAGAGCCGAGGUUACUAUCUUCAGGACAAAGCUCCCUCGACACCAGUCUCGCUUCGCGAAGGCCAGAUAAGUUCUUCACAACGCUCCAUCAUCCCUUUCGCCUUCCAGAAGAAGCAGGAGGCAGAGCAGCGUUCUUCCUCGACCUCACUGCCUCAGUCAAGCAUCCUGCUUGGCGUGAAUACAUCAUCAAUGGGAACGAUCGGCAGUCAAAGAUACUUAUGACAUGUAAAGACGCCGUGCAAGCUCUAUGCGAGCCGAUACCCUUGUCGGAAGCGGUGUCGCUGAUCGCUAAUGAGAGGUGGGCUUCAUUAGAAGCCCUUGCAGAGCGGGAGUGGGGCAAAGAGGGUCAGAUAGACCGGAAGCCACAGAUGCAGGUGCCAGCUCUGCAACAUAUCUACAGCUUGCUGACGUUGCGAAAUCUCAACAUGCUGAACUUCUACGCUGCCUCUCUGGCGCUUCAGAGGUCCUCUCUAGACUACCGUUUCGUUCUGCGAAUGUUCCCCAAAAUUUGGAAAUCAGGAAGCACGAAGCAAGUCGAGGUGUUCUCGGCUCUUCAGCCUCUGCUUGAGCACUGGAGCCCCGUCGAGGACAUGGUCUCCGCCAAUCUGCAGCAGAACUACUCUAAUGGCUGGCAAGACAAUGCAGUGCUGCAGCAACUGCAGUCUCAGCUUUUGGACAGAGGAUACGAUCUGGCAGAGAGCGUACUCGAAGGUGCCCGACACCAUCGUUCUUCGGAGGUAGAUACUCCUCUGGCAAAUUUGUACGGGUCAAGGCACCAGCGCGAGAAGCUGUCAGCUCUGCUGAAGUCAGAAAAUUUCUGCGAUAUCGACAUUGUCGCAGCUCACGCUAAGGAGCUUGGCACAACAGCAGCACUAGCCGAACUUUACUAUCGCCGUCGAGACAUAGGCCAAGCUUUGGAGCUUUGGACGGCAAUGAUCGACGGAGAUAUUGAAGACGCAGAGAUGACUCGGGGGGUGGAGGACGUGAUCAAGGUGCUACAGGAAUCGCAGCAGCUUGAAUUGCAGAGCAAGUAUGCCCUUUGGGUUGUCAAGUAUGACGUACAAGGCGGAGUCGAUCUUCUCACGCGCUCUUCUGGAAGACUAGACCUCCUGUCUUCGGUGGAUGGCGCCGACCAUCAGGACAUCCUCGAGAAGCUCAGAGCUGCAGGGGCUACAGAGGCCGCCGAGCGAUUCAUUGAACAGAUCGUUCUCUCGCAGCCACAAGCUUCGAGGAUCCACAAGGAUCUCAUCGACAUAAUCCUGAAUCGUGUCGAGUCGGCUCUGCAGGAUCAAAAGGCAAGAAGUGUCCUGCUGGACUUGACGAGAGAAUAUGCCCAGGGCGGAUAUGCGGAAGGUUUUGCUGGUCAUUUGGCUAUCCAGUCCAGCGCCUCGCCUGCCAUUCUCGAUCGACUGAAGUUGAUAAUGCUGUUGCAGGGGUCAAGCCAUUAUGACGCCGAUGUACUCCUCUCUCGCGUUGAUUCCCUCUCCAGCGGAGAAAGCAACUCGCUGCUCGCCUACGAGAGAGCAAUCCUGCUGGGCAGAUUGUCACAACACGAAGAAGCCCUAAAGCUCUUGGCGUUGGAGCUUCGAGACGCUAAUUCCAGCGAAGCGUACUGCUCCCAAGGCGGUAUCGUCCUAUCGCCCUUUAUGGCUGCACAAAUCGCCUCUUCCGUUGGAGAAGAAGUCUUGUCCCAAUAUGCAGCACUCGUGGCUCGAGGGGCAAAGGCGAAGAAGGUCAAGGGGCAGGUGAAAGACCGCUUGCUGAUGGCGCUACUGAAGGUGUACACGGAGAGUGGAUCAGACACCACCUUCCGUACCGCCACCGCCCACCUUCUCAAUACGCAAGCCCUACGUCUCACAACCCUCGAUGUCCUUCCCGUCGUCUCGGACGACUGGCCUCUAUCUACCCUGUCUACCUUUCUCAAGAGGAAUCUCCGCAGGGAGUCUCAUAGAAGACAUGAAGGCUCCAUCAAGCGCGCCGUUGCCCUCAGUCAGAGUUUGGAAGUGACAGAGCAGGCUUGGAGGGCAAUGAGGGCUAUGGGCGGGGUGAUACAGGAGGCGGAGGACGAUAUCGAUACUGGAAAUGGGGCAGGAGGCGGAGCUGAUGCGGAUGCUGCAGUGGCUGAACUUGAGGCAGAGAACAGUAUCGUCGAUCUAGGAUCGGACGGGUACGAGAAGAAGGCGGGUGGUCCUCGUGAGCGUAAUCGGGAUCAGGUCGUAGAGGUCCUGGCGAACAAGGAGCUACCUUCCGCCAGAGGCCACAUCGACCUUCCGCGCGAGCAGAGUGAAAGGUACUAGUGCCUAGGCAGGAAGCAUCACUUUGUGUGACUCUCUUCGCUUGGCUUGAAGCUCUGUCUGCGGAACGGCAGCACAAUGUACAUACAACUUGCCCACGUCUCGUUGUACGAUCUGACCAUUGGAGCAUUUCACAACCUUACGCAAGCAACAGCAGUGUAAAUAGAAUAAGUCUGUGUGCGUGAAACUAUUCAAAAAAGGGGAACCCGGGCGGCUAGGCGAAUCUACAUGACGAUACAACAGCUGUUCUGCUUCUUUGCCGACUUGUAGAACAUCUUUGAGCUGGCCUGGAGUGUCUC